ACUCUCCGUCCUGCAGGAUCAGGUGGUCUUGGCGGUGCGCCAGCAGUACGUUGCCAUCGGCGACCAGGUGGUGACUCUGGGAGACGGGGACGAGGUUGCCGUGGUGCCGCCGCUGAGUGGAGGAUAAACAGACGAUGUCGGAGCAGCAGAGAGACGUCCUCAAGCUGAGCCGUGAUUGGCUGUCUGUACAGGAAGUGGUGGACACCGUGAGCAGCUCUUCCUGUGGAGCAAUUUCAGUUUUUAUAGGUACGACGCGUGAGGACGACGUGGACGGCAGGAAGGUGAUUGGUCUGGACUACGAAGCAUAUGAGCCCAUGGCCCAAUCAGAAUUCACCAAGCUGUGUGCUGACAUCAGAGAGCGCUGGCCAACCGUGACGCACAUCUGUGUCCACCACCGUCUGGGGUGGGUGGAGGUGGGUCAGGCCAGUGUUGUCAUGGCAAUCUCGUCUCCUCAUCGCCAUGACGGCCAGCAGGCGAUCCAGCACUGCAUCAGCCAGCUGAAGGCUCACAUCCCGAUCUGGAAGAAGGAAGUUUACGACACGCGGGACUCGAGCUGGAAGGAGAACGCGGAGUGUUCGUGGGCAGCUCAACAUGAACUUCCUGUCACAGAGAAAUGAGCUGCAGUUACUUCACUACACAAAUACUCAGUAUCUGUAUCAGAGUAUACUCAGUGUUACAAAGUACUGCGGGAUGAUUUCUAUGAAGAUGAAUUCAUGUGGAGCUCGUUAGACGUCAACAUGCUGAUCGAUUCAUCACGAUCCAGUCAUAAAACUGAAGUACAGUAACUGAGUAAAUGUACUCAGUUACUCUGUCUGAACAUGGAACAUGUAUUUUAACUGUGACACUCAGUAAAUAUUAAUAAACAGCUGACUGCUGAGGGAUGAUGAGGUAA